CUCCACAUUGACUGCGCUCCUCGAGCUGAUGCCGUAUUCAUUCGAUUCGAUAAUCAACCAGAAGAUGCCUGGGCUAUCGACCAGAUCUUUGUGGAUGCAAGCUAUCGAUUAGGACCUACAGAGGAGCACGAGCAGAAGUGGCACUUCGAACAUCCCGUCCUGGUCCCCUGUUCGUCAUGGUUGGACGAUACCGUCACCUAUCAAAUAGGUCCCAGAAAUGGGCUUUUCAUUAGCCAUAAUUAUCGCUACAAUGCUGAGCCGGGUGACUGGAUUCGAGAUUGGGUGUAA